AUGCCACAGGACUAUAAUGAUGACCGUCUUACUUAUCGAGACCGGAUCCUUAUACCACUAAAUAUACAAGCCUGCCCUGUUGAGGUUCUGAGAGAAGCUAUCCCAAAGCUAGAUACCCUCUGGCAACAAGCAGAGGCACAGGAUAAGAUAUAUAACCGCAUACGCCGUGCUAUAUCUGAUAAGCUACGAACAUUCCCUAGAGAACUAGGCCUUAAAGUUACUAUAUCCGAUUGCAAGACUGACGAACAAGGACGGCUUUACCAUCGAGGCCGACGAUGGGUCCCUGAAUAUGAGCCGCUACGAACUAAGAUCAUACAGCAAAGCCACGACUCACUACUCUCAGGACACCCAGGACACAACGGGACAAGCGCUAUAGUAGGACGAGCAUUCUUCUGGCCUUAUAUGCACCAGGAUGUCCGACGGUUCACGAGUAACUGCGACAAAUGUGGCGCGAACACCAUCUGGAGAGAACGGCGACAAGGAUUAUUAAAGCCACUACCAAUCCCUGAAAGGAAAUGGCGUCAAAUAAGCACUGACUUUAUCGACAAGCUCCCUGAAUGUGGUGGAUAUACGAACCUUAUGGUUAUCGUGGAUCGGCUCUGUAAAGGUGUUAUCUUAAUCCCCUUAAAAAACCUCUCCGCUGAAACGGUAGCCCGGAAAUUCAUCAAGUACUUCAUAUUGCGCCAUGGGUUCCCAAACGGCAUUAUCUCUGACCGAGGUACACAGUUCGUAAGUGAAAUAUGGGGAUAUAUAUGCCGAAGCAUGAAAAUAGACCGACAUUUAUCAACAGCCUGGCACCCGCAAACUGAUGGACAAACUGAAAGAAUGAAUGCUGUUAUUGAGGAUUACCUACGGAAACACUGCAACUAUUUUCAGACGGAUUGGAAAGACCUCCUGCCUAUGGCUGAACUUGCUAUUAAUAACCGGAUAUCGACAUCAACAGGCAUGAGCGCCUUCUUCCUGGAGCAUGGUUAUGAUCUCGAAGUAAUUGACCUACGAGAAACAACCCACGAACCCACGACACGACGCAAAGAACGUGAGAUCGCAAAAGGGAUUGUCGAGAAACUAGCACAGGCUACAGAGUUGGCCCAGACUGAAUUAGCAGCCACACAACAACGCAUGGAAGAAUCUGCGAACCGGCACCGAGACGCCGCCUACGACUACAGAAUCGGGGACAAAGUCUGGCUCAAUCUACGCAAUAUCCGCACCAAUAGACCCUCCAAAAAGCUUGAUGAUCGACAUGCUAAAUACACAGUCCUGGAGAAAGUUGGAACCCACGCAUACCGGCUGGAUGUAGGGGGACAAAUACACGAUGUCUUCCACACUUCGCUACUACGGCCUGCUUCGCAAAAUCCCUUCCCGUCUCAGGAAUUAGCAGAUUACCAGCCUCCAGGCGUAUUGAUCGAUGGUGAAGAAGAAUGGGUUGUCGAACGGAUUGAAGCAGAGCGCUCUGUCAAGCGAGGACGAGGGUAUUCGCGACAAUAUCUGGUCAAGUGGCUGGGGUAUGCGGAACGACAGUGGGUGCCUGCGCGGAACCUAGAGGACACCAUUGCGUUGGAUAGUUGGGAAGCCGCGAAGGGGGAGGGGGGUAAUGUUAUGAGCUGA